AUGGCGAACUCCGCAACACGUAAACCACGGCCUGCCCGUCAGACUAGACUACCGCUCCCCUCGCCCUCACGACUUGCGGCUUCGCUGGAAGAAGAUUCGUCCGAGCGGAGUCGACUCGCAACAACGCCUGACGACAAGGACAAGACUUUCCUCUAUCUUGCCUAUGGAUCCAACCUGUGCAACGAGACUUUUCGCGGCAGACGUGGCAUUAAACCGCUAUCGCAAAUCAAUGUUCAAGUUCCCGAACUGCGUGUGACAUUUGAUCUGGCUGGCAUCCCGUACUUGGAGCCUUGCUUCGCAAAUACAGCGCGAAGACAGCACAGAGACGAUGCACCGACACAGCUCCCUCUGGACGCGGAAAAAGCCGAUCUCGCCAGCUCGCACUGGAGUGAGGGCGGGUAUCGGAAGGACCAGUGGCGCAAAGGUCUCGUGGGUGUGGUGUAUGAAGUGACGGCUGAGGACUACGCGCACAUCAUCCAAACAGAAGGCGGCGGCUCCUCAUACCAGGAUAUUCUGGUCGACUGCCAUCCCAUUCCCGGUUCAGACCCGGCAGAGCCCCUGCCAUGGCACCCUACGGAGCCGGCAUUCCGAGCGCACACGCUGUUUGCUCCCGCCCUGCCUCCGCAUGGGGGUCCAUUGGGUGGUCGUGUGAAGCGGCCAGACACCAGCUACGCGCAAGCGUCUGCGAGGUACUUGAAGCUCAUGAGAGACGGAGCGGCGGAAUUGGGCCUGCCGUAUGAGUAUCAGGAGCAUCUGAAAUCACUCAGACCGUACAAAAUCACCACCGUGCGACAGCGGAUCGGGCAGGCGGCAUUUUUACUUGUCUGGCUGCCUGUGGUAGCUUUGGUUUUUGGAUUGGGCAAAAUCUUCGCGGAUGAUCGGGGCAGACUACCAGGCUGGCUUCGACAAUUCGGCAAUGCGGUAUUUUCCGCGGUGUGGACGAGUUACGACAACGUCUUCAAGCCACUGUACGGCGAUGGAGAGCGAACGAUCUCCGAUAAUAUCGAUCUGACUGGCACCGAGAAGGGCUUCAGUUCCGGUGACAUGCAAGAGAUGAGCAGACUGGUGGACGUUGGGCUGAGCACCGAAUUGGAAAGCAUCAGCCGUCAGGUAUCACGGUCGACAUGA